CAUGCUAUGAACUGGAUUGUUAUUGAUAAUGAAAACCCUGGUCUACACUACAGAGUUAGUUCAAUAUAAGGCUACUUACAUCGACCUAACUCUGUAAGGCCUGGUCUACACUACGACUUUAGGUCAAAUUUAGCAGCAUUACCUCAAUUUAAGCCUGGACCAAGAGCAACGAAGCCCUUUUUUUCGACUGAAAGGGCUCUUUAAAUCAAUUACUGCACCUCCGACAAGGGGAUUAGCACUGAAAUCGGCUUUGCUGGGUCAAAUUUGGGGUAGUGUGGGCACAAUUUGAUGAUAUUGGCCUCCGGGAGCUAUCCCAGAGUGCUCCAUUGUGACUGCUGUGGACAGCGCUCUCAACUCAGAUGCACUGGCCAGGUAGACAGGAAAAGGCCCGUGAACUUUUGAAUCUCAUUUCCUGUUUGGCCAGCGUGGCAAGGUGCAGGUGAGUGCAGAUCUCAUCAGCACAGGUAACCAUGAUGGAGUCCCAGGAUUGCAAAAGAGCUCCGGCCUGGACCAGACAGGAGGUACGGGAUCUGCUCGCCAUAUGGGGAGAUGAAUCCGUGCUAGCUGAACUCCGUUCCAGUAAACGAAAUGCCAAAACAUUAGAAAAAGUCUCAAAGGGUAUGAAGGACAGAGGCCAUAACAGGGAUGCAUAGCAGUUCCGCAUGAAAAUUAAGAGCUAAGGCAAGCCUACCACAAAACCAGAGAGACAAACAGAAGGUCCGGGGCAGAGCCACAGCCAUGCUGCUUCUACUCUGAGCUGCAUGCCUUGCUAGGGGGUGCAGCCAGCGCUACUCCAACCUGUACUUUGACUCCAUCAAUGGAAAAUCAUGUAACAAGGAAGCGGGUUUGGGGGACAAGGAAGUUGAUGAUGAAAAGAUCUAAGCAAGGAAGCGAAGAAACCGGUUUCCCCAACGGCCAAGAUAUGUUUCUCACCCUGGACCUGGAGCCAGUCCCCCCCAGGCUCACCCAAGGCAUGCUCACAGAUCCUGUAGGCGGAGAAGGGCCCUCUGCAGCUGCAAAUGUUUCUCCUUCGCAGAGGCUAGUGAAGAUUAGAAGGCGAAAAAAAUGCACUCGGGAUGAGAUGUUCUCAGAGCUAUUGACGCUAGCCUCCCAGACUGACAGAGCACACCAGAAUGCGUGGAGGCAGACGAUGUCAGAGUGCAGGAAAGCACAACAGGAACGCGAGGAGAGCUGGCAGGCUGAAGAGGAUAGGUGGUGUAAGCUUGCUGAGAGAAGGCAAGAGUUGAUGCUCCGAAUGCUGGAGCAUCAAACUGAUAUGCUCCAGCGUAUGGUUGAGCUGCAGGAAAGGCAGCAGAAGCACAGACUGCUGCUACAGCCCCUGUGUAACCAACCACCCUCCUCCCCAAGUUCCAUAGCCUCCUCACCCAGACACCCAAGAACGUGGGGGGGGACCCUCCGGUCACCCAGGCACUCCACUCCAGAGGAUUGCCCAAGCAACAGAAGUCUGGCCUUCAAUAAGUUUUAAAGUUUUUAAGUUUAAGCUUUAAAGUGCAGUGUGGCCUUGUCCUUCCCUCCUCCCUCACCCCACCUUGCACUUCCCUCCGCCCUCAC